UGUAACAAAACAAGCCGAGCCUUUGUAUCUGCUUAAAGGGGCCGCGGCCACUUCCCUCGCGUCCCCUCACCCCCGCCCCGCGCCGCCGCGUCUCCAGGGCUCCCGGCAACUAGCUUGGAGAGGGCUUCCCUCGCGCUGAGGAGCGGCCGGCCGGCGCGGAGCAGGCGCGGCGCGUGUGGAGAAAGCCGCCGAGCGGAGAGCGGGCCCGGGCGGCGCCGGAGUGGACUCUGGUCCCGGGAGCGCGAUCGGCGCCGGAACGCGGACCCGGAGGCACCGGAAUGCAAACAAAGCUCGCGGGCGCCCGUGCAGGGCUCUCGGCGGAGCCCGGAAAGUUUGUUUUAUGAUGGCUUGAGAACGCGAGUGAGUCGGGCGAGGAGGAUCGAGUGGCUCGCUCCCGCGCUCGGAGAGAUGCUUGUCCCGUGAGCCCGCCGCGCCGGGGGCUCGUGCUGUGGGGGCACCUGUCUCUCGUUUUAGCAGUUUUUAUUUUAUUAUUUUUCCUUUUGAGGAGAGGCUGUAAACUCAUCAUGUCGAAAGUGAUCCAGAAGAAGAACCACUGGACUGGCCGCGUUCACGAGUGCAUCGUGAAGCGGGGACCCCAGGGCGAGCUGGGAGUGACGGUGCUGGGGGGCGCGGAGCACGGGGAGUUUCUGUACGUGGGGGCGGUGGCGGCAGGCGAGGUGGCGGGGCUCCCUGGCUGCGGCGAGGGCCCGAAGCUGGCCGAAGGUGAACUGCUGUUGGAGGUGCAGGGGGUCCGGGUGUCCGGCUUGCCCCGCUAUGACGUUCUGGGAGUCAUCGACAGUUGCAAGGAGGCCGUCACCUUCAGAGCCGUCAGACAAGGAGGAAGGCUCAACAAGGACCUGCGACACUUUCUCAACCAGCGGUUCCAGAAGGGGUCUCCGGAUCAUGAGCUCCAGCAGACCAUAAGGGACAACCUCUACCGCCAUGCCGUGCCUUGCACAACCCGGUCUCCCAGAGAAGGAGAAGUGCCUGGCGUGGAUUACAGCUUUCUGAGUGUGAAGGAGUUCCUGGACCUCGAGCAGAGCGGAACCCUGUUGGAAGUCGGCACCUAUGAAGGAAACUAUUAUGGGACACCCAAACCUCCGAGCCAGCCAGUCAGUGGGAAAGUGAUCACGACGGAUGCCUUGCACAGCCUGCAGUCUGGCUCCAAGCAGUCGACCCCGAAGCGAACAAAGUCCUACAAUGAUAUGCAAAAUGCUGGAAUAGUCCACACGGAGAAUGAGGAGGAGGAUGAUGUUCCUGAAAUGAACAGUAGCUUUACAGCCGAUUCUGGAGACCAGGACGAACACACUCUCCAAGAAGCAACGCUCCCGCCUGUGAAUAGUAGCAUCCUUGCUGCUCCCAUCACGGACCCUUCUCAGAAGUUCCCUCAGUACCUACCUCUUUCUGCAGAGGAUAAUUUAGGUCCUCUACCUGAAAACUGGGAGAUGGCCUAUACCGAAAAUGGAGAAGUCUAUUUUAUAGACCAUAACACAAAGACAACAUCAUGGUUAGACCCUCGGUGCCUGAACAAGCAGCAGAAGCCUCUGGAAGAAUGUGAAGAUGAUGAAGAAGGGGUACACACCGAGGAGCUGGACAGUGAACUAGAGCUGCCUGCUGGCUGGGAAAAGAUUGAAGACCCUGUCUACGGUGUCUACUAUGUAGACCACAUCAACAGGAAGACACAAUAUGAAAACCCAGUCCUAGAAGCCAAAAGGAAGAAACAGCUUGAACAGCAGCAGCAGCAGCAGCAGCAGCCUCAGCCUCAACCACCACAGCCAGAAGAAUGGACAGAAGAUCAUGCGUCCCUUGUGCCUCCUGUCGCGCCCUCCCAUGGCCAGAGCAAUCCGGAGCCAGCCAGGGAAGCUCCCCUUCAGGGCAAACCUUUUUUUACAAGAAACCCUUCUGAGUUGAAAGGCAAGUUCAUUCACACGAAGCUACGGAAAAGCAGCCGUGGCUUUGGCUUCACAGUGGUUGGAGGGGACGAACCUGAUGAGUUCCUGCAGAUCAAGAGCCUUGUCCUAGAUGGCCCUGCUGCCCUGGAUGGCAAGAUGGAGACAGGGGAUGUGAUUGUCAGCGUGAAUGACACCUGUGUUUUGGGACACACACAUGCUCAAGUUGUAAAAAUCUUCCAGUCCAUUCCUAUUGGUGCCAGUGUGGACCUUGAACUCUGCAGAGGUUAUCCAUUGCCUUUUGACCCGGAUGACCCCAAUACAAGUUUAGUGACCUCGGUGGCCAUUUUGGACAAAGAACCAAUUAUUGUUAAUGGACAAGAGACCUAUGAUUCACCAGCAAGCCACAGUAGUAAAACAGGCAAAGUCAGCAGCAUGAAGGAUGCCAGGCCAAACAGCCCUGCCGACGUGACUUCCAACAGUUCUUAUGGUUAUCCCAAUGACACGGUCUCUUUGGCUUCUUCCAUAGCCACGCAGCCGGAGCUGAUAACUGUUCACAUAGUCAAAGGGCCAAUGGGAUUUGGCUUUACCAUUGCAGAUAGUCCCGGUGGGGGCGGCCAAAGAGUGAAACAGAUUGUUGACAGUCCCCGCUGCAGGGGCCUCAAGGAAGGGGAUCUUAUCGUGGAAGUGAAUAAGAAGAAUGUGCAGGCCCUAACACACAACCAAGUCGUGGACAUGCUGAUCGAGUGUCCAAAGGGAAGUGAGGUCACACUGUUGGUGCAGCGAGGAGGGCUACCAGUUCCCAAGAAGAGUCCAAAGUCGCAACCACUGGAGAGGAAAGACAGCCAGAACAGCUCCCAGCACAGCGUCUCCAGCCACCGGAGCCUGCACACGGCAUCCCCGAGUCACGGCACGCAGGUGCUCCCGGAGUACCCACCUGCAGACGCCCCUGCUCCGGAUCAGACCGACAGCUCUGGGCAGAAAAAACCAGAUCCUUUUAAAAUCUGGGCCCAGUCCAGGAGCAUGUAUGAAAACCGACCUAUGUCACCUUCGCCUGCAUCAGGACUGAGCAAGGGUGAAAGAGACAGAGAAAUCAAUUCCACGAAUUUUGGAGAAUGUCAGAUUCCCGAUUACCAGGAACAGGACAUCUUCCUCUGGAGAAAAGAGACCGGAUUUGGAUUUAGGAUUCUGGGUGGAAAUGAGCCAGGGGAACCUAUUUAUAUCGGUCACAUCGUACCACUGGGUGCUGCUGACACAGACGGCCGCCUGAGGUCUGGAGAUGAAUUAAUCUGUGUAGAUGGGACACCAGUGAUUGGGAAAUCACACCAGCUCGUGGUCCAGCUUAUGCAACAAGCUGCCAAGCAAGGCCAUGUCAAUCUCACAGUGAGGCGGAAAGUGGUGUUUGCUGUCCCCAAAGCAGAGAAUGAGGUGCCAUCACCAGCUUCAUCGCACCACAGUAGCAACCAGCCUGCCUCUCUGACGGAAGAGAAGCGCACACCCCAGGGCAGCCAGAACUCACUGAACACUGUGAGCUCUGGCAGCGGGAGCACCAGUGGCAUCGGCAGUGGUGGCGGCGGGGGCAGCGGCGUGGUGAGCACUGUGCUACAGCCCUAUGAUGUGGAGAUUCGACGUGGGGAGAACGAGGGCUUUGGGUUCGUCAUCGUGUCCUCCGUGAGCAGGCCUGAAGCGGGCACGACCUUUGCAGGCAAUGCAUGUGUGGCUAUGCCUCACAAAAUAGGUCGGAUUAUUGAGGGGAGCCCUGCUGACCGCUGCGGCAAGCUCAAAGUAGGAGACCGGAUCUUGGCAGUAAAUGGAUGUUCCAUCACCAACAAAUCCCAUUCUGACAUUGUCAACCUAAUCAAAGAAGCGGGCAACACAGUGACCCUCCGGAUCAUCCCCGGGGAUGAGUCCUCAAAUGCCACACUGCUGACCAAUGCUGAGAAGAUCGCCACCAUCACCACCACUCAUGCCCCUUCUCAGCAAGGGACCCAGGAAACAAGGAACACCACCAAACCAAAGCAGGAUUCUCAGUUUGAGUUCAAAGGACCACAGACUGCACAGGAGCAAGAUUUUUACACUGUGGAACUGGAAAGAGGAGCCAAGGGGUUUGGCUUUAGUCUUCGAGGGGGGCGAGAAUAUAAUAUGGACCUCUAUGUUCUGCGCUUAGCAGAGGAUGGUCCUGCAGAAAGAUGUGGAAAGAUGAGGAUUGGUGAUGAGAUUCUAGAGAUCAAUGGUGAGACCACCAAAAACAUGAAACAUUCUCGGGCCAUAGAACUGAUAAAGAACGGUGGCCGCAGAGUUCGUCUGUUUCUGAGGCGGGGAGACGGCUCAGUCCCAGAAUAUGACCCCAGCAGCGACAGGAACGGCCCCUCCACCGGUGCACAAGGUGUUCCGGAAGUGAGGCCGGGGCCGCCUGACCGCAGACCGCAUCCAGCCUUGGAGUCCAGUUACCCACCCGAUCUUCACAAAUCAUCACAACAUGGGGAAAAGCGGGCACACGCGAAGGAUCCAAAAGGCAACAAGGAGCACAGCAAACAACCCAACGAACACCACACCUGGAAUGGAACUUCUAGAAAACCCGACAGUGGGGCAUGCCGGCCCAAAGACCGGCCACCCGAUGCAUGGAGAGACGCACAGCCAGAGCGGACAGCCACCAAUGGCCCCAAGAAGCGGUCUCCGGAGAAGCGCAGGGAAGGCACCCGCAGCGCUGACAACACUUUGGAAAGGAGGGAGAAGCUUGAGAAGAGAAGGGAGAUGUCCCCUGAGAGGAAGCGAGAGCGGUCACCCACCCGGAGAAGAGACAGCUCCCCCAGCCGCCGGCGGAGGUCCCUCGAAAGACUCCUGGAUCAGAGACGGUCCCCAGAGCGCAGAAGAGGGGGCUCACCUGAGAGGAGAGCCAAGUCCACCGACAGGAGGAGGGCCAGGUCUCCCGAGCGCAGGCGAGAGCGAUCACUGGACAAAAGGAACCGGGACGACAAGGUUGGCCACCGAGAAAAGGAGGAGACUGGUCUGAAGCCUGAAGCUGGGAGAAGUCCCCGAAAUCCCCCAGAGCAGAGAAGGCGGCCUUAUAAAGAAUGUAGCACCGACCUCAGCAUCUGAAACUCCAGUCCCAUUGCAACCUUUACCGUGUCAAAGGUUCUAAGAGGAAGGUCGCAAACAUGAAAUAAUUUAGUUUCUUACCUGAGGAAGCAUCUACACCUGAAGAGACCUAUGAAUAGUAAUGGACAUUUUAUGCAUUUGAAAUCUUAUAAGAAAAAAAUAUAUAUGAAAAGUCUUGUGCCUGAUGUAUAAUAUUAAAGAAAGUAUUUUUAAAUGCAUACUUUUUUUGAAAAUUAUUUGCCAAAAUGAUGGCCCAAAGGGAUGUAUAUUUUGUUUCUUCACAAGCUAUAGAAUUGUUGAGAAUUGUUCCCUCUUUGGGACAAGCUAUUUCUCUUCUAGAUAAACGGGGCUGUGGUCUUGUCCUCUAAGUAAAUGCAGUUAAAUUUAACUCAGUAUAAACCAUUAGACGUGAACUAGUGCUGUACUGUAAACCCUUGUUUUUCAGAAACGCAGAACACAACAAGGCAAACUUCUACUUGUACGAACGGAGGGCCUUUAGGGUGGUUUAGGGUGGCCAAGCUGCACGGCACGAAUACUACUGCCAGUGAAGGAUAUUUAUGACGCCCGUGCACAGCGCUAAGAAACUUUAUGAUAUCAAGUCAUAGUUGCUUCAAAGAAUGGUUUGUGCUCUCCCUGGUCCAGGAAGGUGCAGAAACAAGACGUUUGGCUGCCAUGAACCAAAUACAGGCUUAGCUCAGAUGGUCAGGUUCAUCAGACUACAUUUCCCAUCCAGCAGUGCCCAUCACAACUUGUCAGCCUCUAGAAGGAGCAGACAAGCAUUGGGCUGCUUAUUCCCAGAAUAGCUGAUUAUGCACUUUGAAACCGUAACCAGGUCUUAAGGAUUGACUGAAGGGCAAGGCAGAAAGCGAUAGUACCAGUAGUUCUUGAUGCACUGGGAAACCUCCAUCCCCAUGACCAUGUUCUUUGCCCGUUUGGGGGCAGCAAACUAAAAUGUAAAGGUUUUUCUUUCUACAAUAGACCCAUUUUUCUGAAGCCCCUGAAGGUGCGGUUGGGUCAGCUGUAGCCCUGAGAAGUGGUUUAAAUGGAUUACUGCCUAGCUGAGCCAAAGUGUUUGCUUGUACCUGUCGGAGCGCUGCAGCACGCCGCUGCUGACGGUGCACUCGUAUUUCUGUCGUACUGUUUUGCAUUUUCCAUUCAGACACAAAAACUUUGCAAGUCAAUCACUGUUGUUCCCAUGGUACUGUAUUAGGGGAGGGGAGAAAAAAAACAAAACAAAAAAAAAAAAAGAAGAAGCAAACCAGCCAAUCAUUGUAUGUAGAGUUUAAAAUUGUAAUUAAUAGAGCCUGUUGGAAAAAAAUAAACAAUUGUUGCCUUUUUUGUAUAAAAGAGAAUUUAUGACAAAAGUCUAGCUUUGAGGAAUGUGAUGUGUGUUUCUAUUUCUGAAUAUGAACAGAUUGAUUCUUGGGAAUAUCCUAUAAACUAAGUCAGGUAUGUAAAGUUGUCUAAGAUGGGAGGCUAUAUAAGUAUCACUAAAGCUUUAGUUUGUUGGGGCUGUCAGAGCCUGCUCAUGAAUAGUCAAGCAUCCAUUGCCUUCUCUGUUCUUCCCUCAUUUAUUUCUUGCUUAAUGCUCUUUCUGUGUUGAUGAAAAGCAGCGUGUGGGCCAAUCUUUUUAUAAAACGCUAUGCACAUAUAAAUAUUACAGUGUUCAUAGCUUUAUUUGAUUUAGGGCUUAUACAUCACAUUACACUGAGUAGCUAUGGUCACAUGACCAAAUUUCUUUUCCUGAAUUAAACCCAAUGUACAUUGUGUAGCUAAAGGGGGCAGGGAGUCUGUGACUAUCAUCAGAGGUUUUGCUACAAGCAUACAUUGACUAUAGUACUGAUGCUGAGGAAGGCUACAAUGAAUGGCAAUGUUUACUUCAUCAGUUUCCUGAGAGCCACCGUGGAGGUGUUACACUUGGGGCUCUUCC